AUGUCUGCUCCAGCUGCUCAACAACAAGGUGACGCCCCAAAGAGAAGAUUUGGUGGUAACAAAGGUGGUCAAAGAAGAGGUGGAAGAAGAGAUGAAGAAAAGGGAUGGACUCCAGUUACCAAAUUAGGUAGAUUAGUGAAGGCCGGUAAGAUCUCUUCCAUGGAGGAAAUCUACUUGCACUCUUUACCAGUCAAGGAAUACCAAAUCAUUGACCAAUUAUUACCAGAAUUGAAGGAUGAAGUCAUGAAGAUCAGAUCUGUCCAAAAGCAAACCAGAGCCGGUCAAAGAACCAGAAUGAAGGCUGUUGUCGUCAUUGGUGACUCUAACGGUCACGUUGGUUUAGGUAUCAAGACCGCCAAGGAAGUUGCUUCUGCCAUCAGAGCUGCUAUCAUCAUUGCCAAGUUAUCCAUCAUCCCAAUCAGAAGAGGUUACUGGGGUUCCAACUUGGGUAACCCUCACUCUUUACCAACCAAGGUUACUGGUAAGUGUGGUUCCGUUGCCGUUAGAUUGAUCCCAGCUCCAAGAGGUAAGGGUAUUGUCGCUUCCCCAGCUGUCAAGAAGUUGAUGCAAUUAGCUGGUGUUGAAGAUGUUUACACCACCUCCUCCGGUUCUACCAGAACCACCGAAAACACCUUAAAGGCUGCUUUCAUUGCUAUUGGUAACACCUACGCUUUCUUAACUCCAAACUUAUGGAAGGAAAACACCUUGAACGCUUCUCCAUUGGAAAUUUACGCUGAAGAAGCUUCUGCUACCAAGAGAAGAUACUAA